GAGUGGACGUGGCCUUCUGCGCGCUCGGCGCGCGGGGCGGCUGGACCAACGGCGGCGACGUGGCCGCGACGGAGCUGGGCGCGGCCGUCCGCUUUGCGCAGCUCUGUGCCGCCGCCAGGGUGCCGCACGUCACCCUGCUGAGCUCCGCGUGGGCCGACAGGUCCUCGAGGCUGCCGUACGCGCGCGCGCAGGGCGAGGCGGCGGAGGCCUUCGCCUCCAUGGAG